AUGGCGGGAAAUGAACCUCAGGUGACCAUUGAGUCUGAUAUCUCCGGAACCCCAUUAAUAACAGAACGGGAGAAUGGUGGGUUGGAAGAAAAUGGCCAGGAACCGCUUCCAAUGCCAGACGAGUCCAGCCGACUCAGGGCGCUUGAUGCAGCUGUCCGAGACCAAAAUGAUCUAGAAAGAGACAUUGGUCGCCAGGCGGACAGGCUUCUCACCGAGCAGGCUAACGAGAGAGAUCAAAGGCGACUGGACCGCACAAAAAACGAAAAAGCAAAGGUUGAAGCACAUAUUCUUCGGCUCCACCAGCGUCUUUCCCAACCUAUUGGCACGACUGCUAGGGUUCGUAUCACCGCCGAACUUCAAAAUCUGGAAUCAAAAAUAUCCGCACUUGAGCUAGACCUCGAGCAGAUACAGCAGCGGAUUGAUGAAAGAUGGCAAGGAGUUGAAGGUGCCGCUGAGGCAUCGGAAACUGGAAGAUUGCCAAACGAAUCCAGACGAGAUUACCUCAUUCGGACAGGAAAGAUUACACCUUUCUCGAAAUUCGGAGACGACCGUCGAGGCCCAUCAACCGCCUUGCAGGAUGCUCUUGUUGAUGCGGAAGAAGAGAAGGACGAAGAGCUCGCCCUUGAAGAUCUCAAUAGCCAGAAGUUUACUUCUCAUAGACACCUUUUACGUCCAGGAUUUGAUUACGGCGAACCAAGUGAUACUGACAGCCAUGAUUCCACGGAAUCUCGCCCACAAAAGCGUCGACGACUCGUUAAUCGGGUACCCGCGGAUCGCAGUGAUUUUAGAAUCGAGAGAUCGGGGCCGCAGACUGCUAAACAGCCGGCGCCAGUAUCUGACGAUGAGUACGUUGAUCCAGGAGAAGCUGUGGUAGAAUCCAGCGAAGAAGAAGGGGAAGAGUCAUCAGAUAUGUCGACAACGAAACCUAAAUCGAAACGCAAAAGCCAUAAAAGUAGGUCAACGGGUAUGGUGGAUUUCCAAGGGGUUGAUGAUGGCAACGAACAAGUAUACCAGUCGAGACUGCAUGAUUGGGUUUCCCGAAGAUCUGAAGCUCGAAAUCGGGCUGGAAUUGGUCACGAAGGGACGGCUCAGACAACAGAUGAAGACAAUGCAGCACCCGAAGAAUGGUUUCUACCACACCCAAAGGUUGCCGAUACGAUGCUUGAUAAUGGGUAUCGAAUCCCAGGAGACAUCUACCCUUAUCUUUUUGACUAUCAGAAAACAGGGGUUCAGUGGCUCUGGGAACUACAUCAACAACGUGUCGGUGGGAUCAUCGGAGACGAAAUGGGCCUUGGAAAAACAAUCCAGGUCAUUGCCUUCCUUGCUGGGCUCCACUACAGCAAAAAGCUCACCGGUCCCGUAAUUGUUGUUUGCCCCCCAACCGUGAUGAAGCAAUGGGUAAACGAAUUUCACCGAUGGUGGCCUCCGCUCCGUGUUUCAAUAUUGCAUACUUCGGGUAGCGGUAUGGUAAAUAUCAAGAAAGAAAGCUAUGCAGAAGACAGAUUGAUGUCGGAAAUCUGGGAACCAGACCGGCCAACACGGUUGCCAGGGGGACAAAAGGGGGCAAGACGCAUAUUGAAGCGCGUUUUAGAAGACGGCCACGUCCUUAUUACGACUUAUGCAGGUUUGCAGACGUAUGCAUCGCUUUUAAUUCCUGUCGAUUGGAGCUGCGCGAUCCUUGACGAAGGACACAAGAUACGCAAUCCAGAUACAGCCAUAACAAUACAUUGUAAAGAAUUACGAACAGCUCACCGCCUUAUACUCUCUGGAACGCCAAUGCAAAACAAUUUGACCGAACUUUGGUCGUUGUUUGACUUUGUCUUUCCAAUGAGAUUGGGUACAUUGGUAAAUUUCCGAAAUCAGUUCGAGUUCCCCAUCCGGACCGGAGGAUAUGCCAAUGCCUCCAACUUGCAAGUACAAACUGCGGCGAAAUGCGCUGAGACUCUAAAGGAUGCAAUCAGCCCCUAUCUGCUCCAGCGGUUCAAAAUCGAUGUUGCAGCGGAUUUGCCGAAGAAAACAGAGCAAGUACUCUUUUGCAAACUGACAAGAGUUCAGCGAGCCGCUUAUGAAGCGUUUCUCGGAUCUAAUGAAAUGGCGUCGAUAAUGCGAGGACGGAGAGAUGUCUUGUAUGGGGUCGACAUCCUCCGCAAAAUUUGCAAUCAUCCUGAUCUCCCUGAACACAGAACUCUGUCCCAAAAAUCUGACUACAAUUAUGGAAGUGGAGUCAAAUCUGGCAAAAUGCAGGUUGUCAAAUCCUUGAUUGAAUUGUGGAAAGAAACCGGGCAUAAAACGCUUCUCUUUGCUCAGCAUCGGAUUAUGUUGGAUAUCCUGGAGAAAUUCAUGAAAUCGUUGCCUGGCUUCAACUAUCGACGAAUGGAUGGCAAUACUCCUAUCAAAAUCCGUCAGAGUAUUGUUGACGAGUUCAAUACUGACCCGGACAUCCAUGUCUUCUUGUUAACUACAAAGGUCGGAGGACUUGGAGUCAAUUUAACGGGUGCGGAUAGGGUCAUCAUUUAUGAUCCAGAUUGGAACCCUUCUACUGAUUUACAAGCGCGAGAACGGGCCUGGAGACUGGGUCAGAAGCGCGAAGUGACCAUAUACCGGCUGAUGACAGCCGGGACCAUUGAAGAGAAAAUAUAUCACCGGCAGAUCUUCAAACAGUUCCUGACGAAUAAAAUCUUAAAAGACCCUAAGCAGCGGCAAACCUUUCAGAUGAGCGACCUUCAUGAUUUGUUUACCCUGGGGAAUGAUGGCCCAACCGAAACCAGCAGGCUGUUUCAAGAUGCUGAUGUCACAUUCAAUGAGGGCAAUGAUAGCGCCAAAGCUGCUGAGAAGCCCCAGCCAGUACAAACAGAACAAGAAGAGGAUAAAAUCAGUAGAGUCGCCGGAGUAACAUCCCUCGAGAAAUAUGAGUCAGAAACCAGCACACCAGCCGGAACUGACGCUGCAACCAAAGCCGCACCCGCAUCGAGUUCGGAUUCACGCCUGAUGGAAACCAUAUUCGCCCGCUCUGGCGUUCACUCUGCAAUUGAGCACGAACAAAUUAUCGGCGGUAGAAAGCGCGGCGUCAAAGCUGACCCUAAAAUCAUCGAAGCAGAAGCCAAGCGCGUCGCUGCACAAGCCGCCGAAGAGCUCCUUAAGGCACAAAAAGUCGCUAGAACCGUACCGGUGGGCACACCUACCUGGACCGGUCAAUUUGGCACGGCGGGCCGGCCAGAGGAGAGAAAUGCCCCUCUAGGAACUGUGCCCGUCUACGCAGGCGGAAAUGGACCACGUAGAACGGUUGGUGGCCCAUCGUCAGCCAGCAUCAUUGCGAACUUGACCAACCGUGCUGUUGGACAUCAAUCGUCGUCGGGGAGAAAUAGCCCCGUUCGAUCGGGUGCUAACAGCCCCCGGGGUAAGGAUUUCAUGGCGAUGAUUCGAGACUAUAUUAUUGCACAGGGAGGUGCAGUAUAUACGCAAAUGUUAGUGGACCAUUUCAACAGAUUCUGCGAUUCGCCGAGGGCAACUGCCGAAUUCAAGGAAAUGCUGAGGACCAUUGCGGUGUUGGAGAAGACCGGGAGUCAAGCCAGGGGCAAAUGGGUGCUAAAACCCGAGUAUUCACAGAAAUAA